CUCUCUCUCUCUCUCUUCCCUCCCCUCUCUCGCUCUGCUGUCCUGAACAAUAAUCAAAAGUACCAGGUUCAUAAUAAUAAGGUAGAAACUAGGGUGAAUCCAUCCAUCGAUUCUCAGAGGGAGAGGGAGAGAGGCAAAGGACUCAGAGAGGGACAGGGAGAUGGGGGAUCGAGGAGAAGCGGCAAAUGGGGGAAAGGAUGGCGAGCGUGUGGAGGAAGAGGAGACCCUCGGCUCAAUCCUCACCAUGGAGAAGGUCGCCGCCGCUAAGCAGUUUAUCGAGAACCACUACAGAGCCCAGAUGAAGAACAUCCAGGAGCGGAAGGAAAGGCGGUAUGUGUUGGAGCGGAAGUUGGCUUCUUCAGAUGUACCACAAGAAGAGCAAAUCAAUCUUCUCAAGGAUCUGGAGCGUAAGGAAACUGAAUAUAUGCGACUGAAGAGACAUAAGAUUUGUGUAGAUGAUUUUGAACUUUUAACCAUUAUUGGAAGAGGCGCCUUUGGGGAGGUUAGGCUCUGUCGGGAGAAAGCCACAGGGAAUAUAUACGCCAUGAAAAAGUUGAAGAAAUCAGAGAUGCUUAGUAAGGGACAGGUAGAACACGUUAGAGCAGAAAGGAAUCUGCUUGCUGAAGUUGCUAGUCAUUGUAUUGUAAAGCUAUACUACUCAUUUCAAGAUGCUGAGUACCUGUACCUCAUAAUGGAGUACCUUCCUGGGGGAGACAUGAUGACUCUCCUUAUUAGAGAAGAUACAUUAACUGAAAACGUGGCAAGGUUUUACAUUGCUCAAAGUAUCUUGGCUAUUGAAUCUGUCCAUAAACACAACUAUAUUCACAGGGAUAUCAAGCCUGACAAUCUUCUCCUAGAUAAAAAUGGGCACAUGAAGUUAUCUGACUUUGGGCUGUGCAAGCCUCUAGAUUGCUCAACUCUAUGUACAUUAAAUGAAAAUGAGCCUAUGACUGAAGAGAACCUCAGGGAGUCAAUGGAUAUUGAUGGUGGUUGUAGAGAUACAAGCAAUAUGGGUCCAUGGAGAAGUCCUCAAGAACAGCUUCAACAUUGGCAGAUGAACAGGAGAAAACUGGCAUUUUCUACUGUGGGUACACCUGAUUACAUUGCACCAGAAGUGCUGCUAAAGAAAGGCUAUGGCAUGGAGUGCGAUUGGUGGUCUCUUGGGGCAAUAAUGUAUGAGAUGCUUGUUGGAUAUCCUCCAUUUUAUUCUGAUGAUCCAAUGACAACUUGCAAAAAGAUUGUGAACUGGAGACAUUACCUAAAGUUUCCAGAAGAAGCACGAAUAUCAAUAGAGUCCAAGGAUUUGAUAUGCAGGUUGCUUUGUGAUGUUGAAAAUAGACUAGGCUCUGGAGGUGCAGACCAAAUAAAGGCUCAUCCGUGGUUUAGAGGCAUUGAGUGGGACAAGUUGUAUGAAACGGAUGCAGCAUUUAAACCUGAAGUCAAUGGAGAACUUGAUACACAGAACUUUCUAAAGUUUGAUGAGCUAAAUCCUCCAUCACAGACAUCAGGUGGCUCUGGGCCAUGGCGGAAGGCACUAUUGACACCAAAGGACCUGAAUUUCGUUGGUUACACAUACAAGAAUUUUGAUGCUGUUAAAGCAAAACAUGUACCUAUUGAUAUGAAAAGAAGCAGUUCUCCAAGGAGGCCAUCAAUUAAUACCCUUUUUGGGACUUCUGUGUCCGAUGAGUCAGGACAGUCGGAACUGGAGCCUUCAUCUGCUGAUGCAAUGUCGCCAUAAGAGUAGAUUCACCACAGCUUCUCUUAUCCUCCCCUAGUGUAAAGCUUUCAUUGUUAGCCAGAAGCACCUGCUCGUUUUUAGUCAGGCGCGUGCUCAUCUUUAGUUUUGAUAUGGUAUCUCAUCGCACGAGGCGUUCCAUUUCGUGGAGAAAUUUUGUGGGUUAUCUUGAUCUGGACCGUAUCACCUGAGAGGUUGCCUAUUGGGGAUAUGUACAUGUGUCCUGACUGCCCAGGUUGGCAAGAGGCAAGACUAAUAAAUGGGAAAAAAGCCUUCUCUUGUGGCAGUUUCUGUUUUAAAUAUAUGUAACGUCUUUGAGAAACAUUAUGUUUUUAUAGAAUUGGAUUUUACCCUCCAAGGAAUAUGGUGUGUUGUAUGAAGAUGUUAGGAAUGAUAACUUAUCCAUUAAUCUUUUCUUCU